UAUUUCAAGUGUGGAGAAAAGAGACAAGCCGAAUAGUGACGAAAGAAGUGUCGAAAAUCGGGAUAAGCCAUCCCAAACUUUUGAGCCGCACCCUUCGAUCCCGAUGUUGACGUGACUCCAAAAGAGGGGAGUCUAGGUACCUGGCCAUGUGAACAGCCUAACAACACAGACGCCAAGGCUAACUACAUGUAUAUGUACAUGUACGUCUUGUAGAUUGGUGUACAGGGUAAAUUUUGCCGUUCACAAAUUGUGUUCAAAAUAUGAAGUACCUAGUCGAGACCGUGGUAACAGUACGUCUAUUCGGAAUACUUGUCGUUGGACAUCCUUGGAGUUAACUUGGAUCGCUGCCAGUGAUCACCUUUCAACAACCGUCUGGAGUGUUUUACGAGCAGACGAGGGGUUUGACGUCGUGCAUAGUGCUCUCAUAUACGCCACUGUUUGUUCAGCGACAUAUUUUGUGACGGACUUGGGUUCCACAGGCUGGAUGCUGGAAAGCCUCUUUUGGCCAACAGAAGAUGCAGGAGUGAUGAAUCAGCAGGCCCUCGUCGUGUGGAGGCGCUCUGCAGGUCCUCGGUGAAUGCGGAUUGGUUGACAAAACCAGUGUGAAAAAGCUGACUCGAGUAUACCCUUACACUUAGAACUGGAAUUUGGAAAAGUUGUGUGUGUCUAGAAACCCUGAGAUCUGACGUACUACCAGGGAAGGCCCAGCCAGCGAUGAAACACCUUUACAUCAUGUCUGUCAAUUUCCCCCGGCCUUCAUUCGUCCACGGAGCCAAAUGAAUACUGACGACGAUAGCUGUUUGUACAGCGGGAAUAUCGUGCACAACUAAUUCGCGAUAAGACAGUAUCACCGGGAUUAGUGAUUGAUAGCCCGCUUAUUAAUGGGGGCAUCUCCGAAUACGCAGUGCUGAUGAGAAUUCCCUAGCAACCACUGUGUCACAUGACUGCAACCUAUGCAAUCCAAACCUUUGUCGAAGCGGACAAGGCAUAGAAAGCACUGCUAUUGAAAGAAAACAGACGCCGCUCACCGUCCCCGAAACCUAAUUUCGCCGUCCUUCUCGAAUGAAGAGCAACUUGGCGCACCAGAUGUUGUUAGGAGUACCUGUACCUCUUAUCUGGUAUCAUGAACUGGCCCGUCUCUCUUUUUGGUUGACUACGAUGGCUUAAAAAGAUCAUAUUAACUUUUCGUGUUGCCGUUUGACUUCUGUCGUGCAUUGUGCUGUCAAUUGCUCAGUGUUUGAACUUGUAGGCUGAAAACACACGUUUCGUAUUCAAAGGCACCUCGCUGAAAGCAUGUUGGACAAAGAUCGAUCUGAGCUUUCAACUUGGGCAAACACGAAGCUGGGAAAUGUACACAGGGGAUUUUGGAUUUUUGAAAAGAGCAAAGCUGGAGCAGUUUAUCACUGUCGCUGUGUUAUGAUAGGAGUCCAUUGCUAGGUGACUGAUGAUACGCUAUCGGAGCCAGAAACGGAUCAAAUUGACGGUGAUAAGUCAGCGGCCAGAGAAUUUACUGAUGUGCAACGGAUCGAAUGGAAGGUUGAGAUUUAGUUGAACUGAUUUGAGCAACUCUUUUGAAUUAAUGCGAGUCGGAGUCGCAUUUUUGUCAGCAUAUAAUAUUUGAAAAUUGCCAUGUUGUUCAUGAUGGGGAUUUGACGUAUGUUUUCGCAAAGAAAGAACCACUUUCGCUCUGUGUCAUCGUCGGCAAUGGGAUUGAACUCGUUGAACGUGACUCCAGGAUUGACAGCACGCAGCGUGCCGUCCUGGGCCCCACCCGCCGGGUCCCGUCAACCGGCCCGUAGUUUCUCCGCUGAGUCCCUGCACGUCAUCCCGCAGACUGUAGACAUCGAGUCGCAGUUUCAGGCCGUCCUGGGCAAGUGUCUCUUCGAGAAAGCGGUGCAGAUAGCUGAGGAGGAACAAACGGCAUCCGGUCGCGCUUCCCCAGCGCGGCCGAGCAGUGCCUCGCCCUGCAGCUCACGCCCCGGGAGCAGCUACGGGUCUUCAGGCGCGAACUCCCCCAUGCUGGACAGCAGAACCACGCUCAAGCUCCGACCGACCCGCUGCACCUCGCCCCUCGUCAAAGGCGGCCGGUCGUUCGAUUCGUACAUCAACAAAGGCUCCGUCGACCGACUGGCUGUGGCAAGCACGCGAGGGGCCGUCGAGCCGCCCCGGCCCAGCAUCUACCGGUACCUGCGACGAGUUAAGACUGCCUCGGAUCAGAACCUGAACGACUUCUCGCUGAAGGCGGAAUUCACGGACAAGAUGAGAGAGGUCGAUCGAGAGCAGUACUGGAGGAGGAAGAAGGAAGAAAAAAUCGUCGAGGAAGAGACCAGGGAGAGAAAGAGGAAGGAAAAAGCCGAGAUGAUGCUCAUCCUCGAAGACAUGAAGAAGGAGUACGAGGAGAGGAAAGCGAAGGAAGCUUUGGAACUCCAACGACUUCAGCUGGAGGCGGAAAGAAUCGCUAAAGAAAAAUUGGAGCAAGAACUCGCCGCAGCAGAAAGUAUCGAGAACCAAACCAAGGAUGAAGUAUCGUCCGUCGUUUCUAGCAGCAGUAAGGGCAGCAGGAAGAGAUCUUCCAAGAAAGGUAAAGGAUCAAAGAAGGAGAAGAACUCCAAGAAAGGGAAGGGUGCGAGGAAAUCCGCUAAGAAGAGGUCGUCUGUUGCCCCUGCAGCGCCGGGGGUAGAGGGGGAACGCUCAGGCAGUAGCUCGCCGCAGCCAAUUCUGAAGAUGGACGAGCGCCGACCGAGCGACGACGGCAGCGGUGGGGCCGGGCAAGGGAAGCGUGUGACGUUCCGUGAAAAACUGGUCAGUACCCGGACCAUCCGGUCGCACAAGCCCGUCUCGUCUCGGAGAACUUCUCCUAAGAAACCCUUUCCGGGGUCCGCGUCCUCGGAAGCCUGCGCCUCGUUGCCGACUACGCCCAGGGAAAAGCGCAAGAAGCCCGGCAGCUCCAAGGGCAAACGCGGCAGCAAGAAAGGAGCAAAGAAGAAGUCAACAGAAUCGAUACCACCAGUCGAACCUCCACCCCAGGAACCAGAACCGACAGUUCUAGAGGUGCCAACUCCUGAACAGGCUGUGGAACCAGAACCAGAGGAAUCGAAGGAACCGGCGGUGAUCACUGUCGAGGAGCCACCGGAGUUUUGCCCGGCGGCUGAGUACAAGACCCGUAAACAAAUGGUGGAAGAGUGGCUGUAUUACCGAAGUUGUUCAGCAGCGUGUCGUGCCAAUCCGCCCAUCUUAUGACAUCGUUACAGCUUAUCACACGGCAGCCAUUUUAAUCUCACCCAUGGACAAAACCUUUACUUACAUUAGUUUAUUUGAACGCUUUAGACGACUUGUUUGCCAUGUGCUUGCACGUGGCAUUUGCCAAAUGUAAGUUCGGUUAGGGUCAAUGAAUUUGAAAUGGAUGAGGAAUGCAGCGAUAUCUCUUUAGCUGUGUUAAAGUUGGUCAAAAUGUGUACAUGUAUGAGCGUACUUACAGGUUUAGAAAUCUAUCGCUUGUCAUUCAAAUUUGACAUGUCGGCAAAAUUGGGGGGCAACUUUGAACUUCCUUUCCCAAACAAAACAUGGAACUGUUAUUAAAGUAACGAUCGCGAGCUCAAACGAGACAAGACAAGAUUUGGCACUUGCGGGCCUCCAAGGUUUUUAGACUCGGGUGCUGGAAACAGGUUUAUCAAAGACUAAGCGAUAGAGUGGUAUAGGCACUUAUUUGAUUGACGCGUAUCACAUGUGGAUAGCUUUUUUAUUUCUGGGAAAAAGUCUUUUUGUUGAAUUAUUUUUUUUACAGUUGCAUGCACCUGGACACACGGGCUCAACUUGAAAGAAAGCUUUUGCUCUGAUGAAAUCUACCCACAAGAUGGAACCUGCUUCAACUGCAUUUUCUAGAGCCUUUUUUAAAAUGAUUUAAAUAAUGGCAAUAAAAUAAUGUUAUUUGUAA